UGGGCUACCUUACUGCAUCCCUUUCGAAGGACUCUUCCCUUCCUUGGAGUUCUGUGAUGCGUUCACCUAGAAACAGCUUCUUUGUUGUGCAAACAUUCUACUGGCAAAUCGUGCCAGGCUGCCACUCACCUUGGACAAUUCAAGUUUCUUCUGGGAAUUGAACUUAAAUUCGGACUUUUCUCUUGUGUUUGAUAUGGCUUGUUUUGAUCCACCUGUUAAAACGGUUCCCACCAAGAACCCAAUGAUGUACAAGAAAAGAGCAGCUGACCCAGCCUGUCCUGACCUUACUGCUUUGUUGGUGAAAAACAAGACUCUUUUAGCUGAGGUAUAUGGAUUAUCUGAAAAUAAAGUGCCAAAGGAAAAUGUAUCCUCUGUAAAACUAAGAAACCUUCAAAACAAGCUCUUCAUAAAAGAAACUUCAUUGCAAGAGAUGAAGAGUGAGCUAGAAAGUUACAAACGAAAUAACGUGCAUCAGUCUUCCCAGAUAAUGUCCCUGAAAGAGGAUAUCAAGGACCUAGAGGAACUUAUCGCUUCUCUAACCAGAAUUAAAUCUUUGAAAAACACCAAUAUUCAGAAUCUUGAAAGAGGCAACUGGGAUCUAACUGAAAAAAUUAUAGAACUGGAAAACAUUCUAAGAGUCCAUCUGUUUGAAAGAGAAAAGGCAGAGCGGAAAGCAGGCCUUUUGGAGGAAAAGUUAGCAGGUGUUAAUGCAUUCACCCAUCAUAUGAAUAUGAAAGGACAAGAAGAUUCCUUGGAUAGUUUCAUGAUGAAGAGGACAGCAGGUCUGCAGCAGGAAAUCCAAAUGCUCACCAAACGGCUGGAGCAGCUAUGUGGCCGCUCUGAAGAAGCCGUUGGAGAAUUCUCCCAAAUGGAAGAAAGGCAGAGGGAACAAAAAAGACCCUUGAAACGUAUGGAAGGAAACACUGCUAUUAAUGACUUUUUUCAAGAGAGAUUAGAAUUGAACAGGAAAAAAAUUUCUGCAAAGGAAAACUCUGGGAUUAAGAAUUCAUGGAUAGCAGAACAUGGCAAGAUAUCCAAACAGGUAGAGAAAGACAAUGAGCAACAAACACUAUUGAAUAUUCAGCAGAAUUUGCAGAAUGCUACAAUUCAAAGAUUAGAGGAGAAAAUUCAGAAACUUCAGAAACAGCUGAGUGAUUUGAAAUUGUCAAAUAAAAGUAUGAAAACUCAACUGACAAGAGUAAACGUCCUUAAGGACAAAACAAUUGAAAAGCUCAGGCAAUCUUUAACAAAAGCUGAACUAACGCAAGGGAAGACAGUUAUGAAAACAGACAACUUGAAAACUACAUCAGACUCUGCCAAGACAGAGGAAAGAGGAGACAAAGAGAAAGUCCAUCAGAUGUUAGACGCCGUCAGUCCUGAGCGCUACACAGCAAAGAGCACGCUUGAUAAAGUAUCAGGACAACAAGAGCUGACUGAUUUUCGAGAAACUAUUAUGAAGAUGUUGGGAUUUAACAUGAGAACAGCAGACAAGGAAAUCAUCAAUCACCUAAGGCUUAUUAUACAAGAUUAUAAAGCAUCUGACAAAUCAAAGGUUGCUUCUCACUCUGAGACUGGACAGGAUAAUGAAUAAAAAAGUUCUGUCUUUUUCAUUACUCCCAACAAGAACUCCGUAGAUACGGGCAUCUCCUGUAGCAUCUUGAAUGCAGCUAUGUUAUGAAUAAAAUGCACUAGGAAUUUCUCACCUUUGA